GCUCCUGCAUCAUCCGGACCGGGACCCACAGAGAACUAGUGCGCACCAUGUGAGGUGGGGGACUGACUUAAAGCUCACCACGACACACCUGACGCCUCCCCGGACCCACGCCGACAGCCUAUAUAACAGCGCGCUCAGGACUGGGUGGGCACGAAGAGACGCAGAGGCGGAAAGUGAAAGGCGAGCGCGCUCACAGCUCGACAGGGGGGGCCACUGAACACGGGGUCGCUUUUGCGCACGCACACUUGAAGGGCUGGUAUGGCGCGUAUCUCGCGCUCUCAGGUGUAACUUGGAGGAGCUGCACGUGAGGCUACAGUCUGGGUCUCAGUAGUAGGCUGAGUUUAUUCUUCUGACCUGCAGAUCUACUGUUUGAACACAACUUUAUUCAGCCGAAGCCUCGAGCCGCGCAACGCCUCACCGCCCCGCCGUGCCGCUGCGCCAUGAUGCCCCUCGUUCCGCUCCUUGUGGUGCUCUGCGCUGUCACUCAAGUGUUUUCUGAAGAAAUUGGUCCUAAAGAAGAACUUGAUUAUUGGACGAGUAAUCAGAUCCAGGACGGCUGGCUGGCCCCGGACCCGUUCCGGGAGAUCCUCCGGAGGAUGACGAGGAAGCCCCGGCCGCAGCAGUUCAUUGGCCUCAUGGGGAGGCGCUCCGCCGCAGAUGCACAGAUCACCCGCAAGAGGCAUAAAAUCAACUCCUUCGUCGGCCUGAUGGGCAAGCGGAACACGGAGGAUCCAGACUCGUACGAGUGGAGCUCGAGACACGACUACGAGCAACGCCGCCGCCGCCGCUAGCCCCCCCCCCCCCCCCCCCACCCCCCGCGGUGCUGCCUUGCGUCAGAGCGGGGGUCACCCGGUCACGGCAGCAGGGAGCGCUAGUCCGCUCAGAGAGAAGAAGAACCUAUAGCUGAUCUAUUCUAAUAAACUGUUUCUCAUCGUAGUGUCGUAGCGGUGCCGUGAAUACCCGUGCCAAUUCAGUUCCCUUCAUGACGGUUAGACCGAGGUUGUGCGUUAUCAGUGGCCUCAACAAAACAUGUUCUGCUCUAUGAUUUGAUUGGCUGAAUGCGUGACUAUGUUGGGUUUGGGGGCGGGGGUGGAGUUCUGUGGGGUUUAUUGCACUGCCAAAUUCACUGUAUAGUGCCUCAUACAAGUCGUCAUCACCAUCCCCUCCUCCCCGAGACCAGCUGCACUGACUUCUCCUUUCCCUUUUUAAAAUGGAGUUCUGAGAUGUUUGGAGGUUUUUCCAAAAGGGUGCAACAUGCCAAAAUGUGUUAUAGUAGCUUGAUGCUGUACAAUAAAACUAUUUUCUUUAUUGAUUCAAA